AGUAAAACGGCAACAACAGCUACAGCAGUAAAGGGCGACGAAGAAGAAUGAUGAGGAAAAUGCUAAACGGCGAAUAGAGGCGACGAAGAACUGUUGUUUAGUGAUCGUUAAAAUUGACGCUCUUACCUCAUAUCACCAUCAAACAUAGCUUAAUUACACUCGCUGAGCCAUGACAGAACCUCAGUCGGCGCUGUUACUCAGGAGACAGCUCGCAGAGCUGAACAAAAACCCAGUGGAGGGCUUCUCAGCAGGCCUGAUCGAGGAUAAUGAUCUUUACAGAUGGGAAGUCCUCAUCAUCGGGCCUCCAGACACACUGUAUGAAGGUGGUGUGUUCAAAGCUCACCUGACAUUUCCCAAAGACUAUCCUCUCAGGCCUCCUAAAAUGAAAUUUAUCACAGACAUCUGGCACCCAAACGUUGACAAGAACGGAGAUGUAUGUAUUUCUAUUUUACACGAGCCUGGAGAGGACAAGUACGGCUACGAGAAGCCGGAGGAGCGCUGGCUGCCGAUCCACACGGUGGAAACCAUCAUGAUUAGUGUUAUCUCUAUGCUGGCAGACCCCAACGGCGACUCACCAGCCAACGUGGACGCAGCAAAAGAGUGGAGGGAGGACAGACACGGCGCAUUCAAAAGGAAAGUCGCCCGCUGUGUACGAAAAAGCCAAGAAACUGCAUUCGAGUGAUAUUUAGCGAGGAUCUCGCUUCAUGUUUUCAGGGUCUCCAAUUGAAAAUCAACAUGGCACUGUCUCCUGCACUCUUCCACCCUGUCGCCAGGCUUGGAAAAGACUGGCUGCUGUAGGCUGCAAUAGAACAUCCAAGUGACUACCACGGCUGACAGAAAACCGCCAAGCAAGUGCCAACUCCAAAAGAAAAAAGAAAGACAACAGAAACCCGGAAGACAAUAAAACAUUUUUCCACUCAAUGAACUGCUUCAACAUUCAGGAAGAUAUUGUAAAGACGUGUAUAUAGCACAGACUAAACCGGAUAAUAUAUAUGCUCCCUUUCCAUCCAUCCAGACAUUUAGACCAAAUGAAUAGUGCUGGUUUGGAUAAGUUUAUUUUUGUCCCUUCUCCUUCCCUCAACUCCAGCAUGCAUUAGUUCUCUUUAGCUUGUUUUCACAGGAGGUCUUAAAUGAAGAAUCACAGUGCUGUUUGGAGGAGCGUCACCUGUGAAGAGUUUUGCUGAUUCACGCCAAGCAAGCGCCACUUCAAGGAAUACCGCCAUAUUGAAACACACAACUCUUCUCCCGGGUUCCUCAACACUCAGAACCUGAUGUCAGUUGUGAAUUAUUCCUGUGUUUUCUCUAUCAGUUACUAGUCUUACUCGGUUAACUUGAGAAAGGAAACAAAUAUGCCCCCUUAGUUUUUGUGCAUGCUAAAUUUUGUUUGAUCUUUUUUCAAAAGUGCCUCCUAAUAAAAUGCUUGGCCACUUCA